AUGACCUCUAUGCACUCCCAAGACUUCAAGCUUGCGCUAUCCAAGCAUGGUCUGACUGAAGACCAUCUCAGCAAGAUCCAUGGUCUACUUGUGGAGAUUGCUAUUGAUUGUGGCAAAAUCAUGGCGGCCGCCGAGCACUCAGUCCUUAUAGCAGCACAGUACAAGAACAAUACCUCCGACCUAGUCACCGAGUUCGACAAGCAGAUCGAAGAUACGGUGGAAUCCCGCCUACGCAAAGAAUACCCGGCCUUCAGAUUCCUUGGAGAGGAGACGUUCAAGCAUGGCACCAAGCUUGCUGAUACGCCUACGUUUGUCUGUGAUCCAAUCGAUGGAACCUUGAACUUCUCCAAGGGCGUGCCCAACUGUGCUAUCUCUCUUGCGCUGACUCUCGAGAAGAAAUCUAUCAUCGGCGUUGUAUACAACCCUUUCCGAGGCGACCUCUACCACGCGAUCAAAGGUCGGGGCGCCUACCUCAGCAAUGCGCUCCUCGGAGUCGAGCUCAAGCUUCCGAUCCAGCCCGUACCCCCACCAAUGCCAUCCUUGAACUCCUGUCUCGUCGCUCUCGAAUGGGGAAACCAGCGCUCCGGUGAAAACUGGGCCCUCCGGACCUCCGUACACAACAAGCUUCUGACUUCCAAGGUGGAAGGCGGAGCCAUGUGCAAGUCCGUCCGCUCCAACGGCUCCGCAGCCUUAGAUUUCUGCUACGUCGCACAAGGCAUCAUCGAUGUCUUUUGGGAAGGCGGCGUUUGGAUAUGGGAUGUCUGUGCUGGCUGGAUUAUCCUGGAGGAGGCUGGCGGUAUUGUUGCUAGCGCUAACCCUGGCGACUGGGAUCCGUCUCUUGAGGGUCGUUUGUACUUUGCUGUUCGGCAUGCGAAGCCUGAGGAACAGAAGGCUGUGGUGCAGGAGCUGUGGGGUAUCAUGGGUGAUCGGAAAUUUGUCUUCUAG